CAUGGCUGCUGCUUAUCAACUACCUCUAUCUAGAAAGUAUGUCCUAGUCAUUUAAGACCAACUGCAACAAGAUAACGUCUUCACAGUAUACUGAUAACGAGAGGAGCAGAUUCGAUAGUCUCCCUAUGCUCAAUUGUGUUGGAGACAGAAGACAUGAAGAUCCCGGAUCAUGAAAAUACUGGUCAGUGGACCAAUGUGUGGACGCAGGACAGCGUGUUCGCACAUGUGGAAAAGGAGUUGAGGGAGAUGGAAGACAGGCUGGGUACUGUAAGGAAAACUUUUACACUUUCCGGAGAAUUGUUUCAUUUCAUCGAGAUGGAACUAAAGAAAUUAAAUUCUACAGUGAUGCUAGAAAGUUCUCCUCGAGUGUUUCCUCAAGGUGAGCGUUUCUCAGAAAUAUCCCGAUCACUGCCUAAUGUUGUGCCUCCCCAUGGAAGGAAAGAAGCCAGGCGAAGAACACUGUCAACAGGUGCCCUGGAUAACACACGCGGGAAGUCUGACACAAGACGCCAUAUUCGUAUUCACAGCGAGAGCACCGCAACAGGAACCUUCCUCUUAAGCUCAGCACAGUCCUCCGCUCAAAGUGGACGGCAUUAUCAGAGUAGCAAUAAGAAAAAAAACAAGAAUUCAUUUCACAGCAGUGUUUUAUGCUUAAAAGAUCUCGAUCAGUCUCUGCCACCUUGUUUUAUGAAUUUCCGUUCCACUUACACAGUGGAACAGAAGGUCCCUGGAAAGGCUGCCCAGCACUGGGUGACGCGUGACCAAGCGUCGGGUGCUCAGCGAGGCUGUAAGAGUUCCUUGGCACUAAAGAGAUGUGCAGAAGAUAGUGCAGGUGGAAAUUCAUUUAAGAAAAGAAAAGAUGAUGAGAAAAUAAAAAUAGGAAAAGCCAAGAAAAAGAAAAUGCCUAAAAUUAUCAGUCAGUGCAAAGGAAAAAAUAUAAAUAUGGAAGUUUAUUCUGCAAGCAUACUAAAGCGUGACAAAUCUGUUUCAUCCACGUCCAGCAAUUCCUCCGUGCCCUGUGUGGCUGCCGGCGACACGCAGGGCAUCCCUCACCCUGCUCAGUCAUGUACCUGGUCAGGCAGCGCCUCCGCUCACACCAAGACCCACCUCAAGCAGCCCUGCCUCCUUUCUACAGGUAGUUGCCAAGGCAUUCCACAGGUGUGCUCCAAUACAAGGUUGAAUCGCACUACUCAGGUGAACCAAGGACUCCAGCUUCAGGUUGACAGUGGAGCACUACGAGCCACCAGCGUCCCGGGUAAUGUAGCACAGCCUCUACAAGGCAUUGCUCUGCAGCCCCUUCUAGAAGUGCCAGUUGCUGGAGUGUCAAGACCUCUAAAUCUUGUAACCAAAAGUCGCUCAGAAGAAACAUCAAAUUUUCCCAAAGGACAAAGUGCUUCUGAAGGAAAUAGACACUUCGAUGAGGAACCCCCACCGCAUUAUUACUCCAACUCUUCCGUCGGCAGGACCGCUGCAUUUUUUCCUCUUUUCUCCCCAGCAUUCCUGUGCAUUUGUUCUGCUCCUCGGGUCUGUGUGUUGUCACCCUCCACAAGCCAGACGGUGACGCAGGGCACGGAGGCCGUGGUCCAGCAGCAAGGUUCAGAAGUUCCUGGUUGCAUUCUAGCUGAGUGUGGAGGCACCACCUCAAACCAUCGUGGUUUGCCUCUUAAUGAAAGUAAACGUGAUCCACCGUCAUCAGAUGAUGAACUGUCGUGGUCAUCAAGGGAAAGGUUUGUAGAGGAGCGUCGCUCUGAAUCUAAUGAAGCAAACAAACCUGAAUCGCUCUCUAUUAAAUUGGCAAGUAGCUGUAAGUAUGGAGGAGGCUUACUGGGACGUGAAAAAAAUGAAAGCAGCAAAUAUUGCAUGUUUCCAGCAGUGUUAAAUCGCACCUCAACUUUGUACAAUUGUCAGGAAAAAAAAGAAACUUCUAAAACGGAAUUUCCUUUUCCGCCUGCUAAGCCUUGCAGUGUGAUCAUUCAGGUGCCUCAGAAGAGCCUCCAAGUACAGAUGAAUGCUGGUGAGGCCCCUGCACCCACCUCGCAAGAUGAGCCACCGCAAAAACAAAUAUUAAAUGUGGGAACAAAAAGCCCCAGUUAUCGCCGCCGCCUGAAAGCCAAGUGCGUCACCGAUGCUUACGGAUGCGGGGAAUUUAAAUGUGAAAAGAUAGACAGACUCUUCACCAGAGGCGAGAAAUGUUUGUCAGUCAUAGAUUCGUUGAACUCUAUAGACAAAAGAGUCACAUGUACCAAAGAUCAAUAUUUGCGCUAUAUCCAGAGGAAGACUGACUUCAACGCCAACGAGGAAAAGUCAUGUACGAUUAAUAUGAGUUCCACUAGUGUUCUGAAGUUCGUCCCCGCUGCAGCAGGUGUCUCAGGUGACAGUUGUGAAGAUCAAACAGACAGCGGAACUCUUUCUGGCACGUCAGCCCUUGAUGUGGAGCCGGUGUACAGGUUCCUGGGGAGUGAUGCUUGCAGUGUCCAAAUUCAACCCAGUAAGGCGGCUAACAUGAUGAAUGAUUGGGUGACUAUCAAUAAUUUUAACCAGACGAAGCAAGACAGUGGGAUCAAAUCUGAGGAGACGAGAUGUAGGAUUCUUCAUGAAGAACCCUAUCAAAAACGUACAAAUGUGAAUACGUCUGGCAUACGCUCUGUCGAGAUGAAGCAGCAUGACCACCAACAUGCACUGCGCUCAGAGCACAAAGGUAACUUGGAAGGUCGUGAAGCUCACAUGCCAUCAGCAUGUGAGCUUCACGCAGCAGCAGCUAACCCGCCAGUCAAUAGUGCCUCGACUAGUGAAAGAUUUAAUGCCAUUCAAAAUGAGUCAGCUAUUACAAGUAGCCUGCAUCAAGCUCCUUUGAACCUAGCCUCCAAUGAAAGAAAGGAAACUUUGAAACAAAAUUUUCAAAAGCUGCAGCCACCGGAAAUGGGUCCAAGUAUUCAAGAGGUGUACAGAGCAGAUGUAUUGCUGGAAGAAAAUAAAGAUGAAGGCUUGUCAGUCUAUACCAUAAAUUAUCAGCUUCUGCCACCUAUCAAGGCAACCUGGACCGCAGACAGUGCCAUACUCCUGAGACGUAACCCGGAAGUCGCUGCCUCCGCCCCGUACACCGGCCUCCACAGCAGCGUUACCAGCCUCAAGGUGCCGCUUCAGUGCCGCCUCUGCAAAAAAUCGUGUACAUGUUUGCGAAAGACGCCACUUGGCAAGGAGUCGAAAGGUAGUUUUAGGACUAGAAAAUUAAAAGCUUUAUCUCCAGUCAAAAUGCAAGUGACAAACGUUGCCGGCACAGCCUCCAUUAUCUACACACUGGUGGACGUGGCGUCUCAGGUUGCCGCUAACUCAAAGGCUCGAGGAAACGACUCAACAGACAGAGACUUGGGGCUCAUGUCAUGCGGGAAAAGCCAAAAUGGGAGACUAAAUAUAUCAUGCAGUGAUCCACAAGCGUCCUCUUAUGUUUGUCAGAUGUGUCUGGGUGUGGAUACUCCAGCAGAUGCGAAUGUGACUCGUGUCCUGAAACAAGUAAUUCAAGCAGAUAGCAAACCGUCUUACUUCCGGGGCAGCGCAUCAGGGUACCCUCGCAUGAUGCAGUGGCAGAAUGGAGUCAGCAGCGUGGAAAACCCAGAAACAUCCGCUUCUCAAAACGGAGACUCUUGGCAUCCAUCAGUCAGUCUUGCUCAAGACCAUUUGCAGCCUCUACAGAGGACUAAAAAAAGGAAAUCGAUAGAUGAAUCUUAUGCGACGAGUUCACAAAGUAAAAAUUCCCUCAAGUGGGAAGAACUGAGUCCCCCAUUGUGUAGCACAAACUCUCACAAUUUGCAUUCCACUCGUAGAGAAGAAAUUUCACCGCACGAUUCUGAGGGUGCGACUCAAACAUGCUCCAAAAGACAAGGAGGUGAAGACGGGGGAGGAGGCGGCAAAGGAGAUGAUAUAUUGCGCCAGGCAAUCGAGGCGGAUUUGUUUGACGUCUUAGUGACAGAUGACAACUCUGGGUGUAUGUGGCCCCUGGACGAGGAAGCAGCAACACAAGAGCAAGAUUACUCCAGCGGGCAGUGGGAAGGGAAGCUGACAGAACGGGAACCUGGGAGCACACCUGUAUACAUGACGAGAAAUGAAACUGAUUGCCAGGCAGUUUUUCGAUGUGAAUUAUCCAUCGAAUCUCACACCCAAGGGAACUACAGUAUCACAACACCUUUGAUCAGUGACGGUGAUGAUGGUGUUGACGAGAACACCACUCUGAAAGAAGAAGAGCCGCAUCGUGAUGUGUGCGGAGAUCUUACGAAUAUUGAUAAAGCAGGGACGGAAAUGACGGAAUCUGAUGAAGACCUGGAUGACGGGGACGAUCUUGACGGCUGGACCCAUGCUGACCAGCUGCCUUUCCGUUGUGAAUUCUGUGGUCGUCUGUUCAAGCACAAGCGUUCCCGGGAUCGCCAUGUCAAGCUACACACUGGAGACAAGAAGUACAAGUGCUGCCACUGCGAGGCCGCCUUCUCCCGCAGCGAUCACCUCAAGAUCCAUAAGAAGACCCACGACACACAAAAGCCAUACCAAUGCUCCGUCUGCAACCGAGGCUACAACACGGCGGCCGCACUGACGGCGCACAUGCAGAACCAUAAAGCUAAGCUGACUGCGCACGCCCUCAACCAGCUGCUGAAGGAUGCCCAGGCGCCUGUAGAGACCCACGCCUUGACUCAACUCCUGCGAGAUUCAGCGGCAGCGGAGACGCACGCCCAGUCCCUCAACCACUUCCUGAAGGACGGCCAGAAGGAACAUUUGCUGAGCCCUAAGGGAAUUGAAAUUGGAGCAGGAUCUUCCCCAGGAGAGCUGACGUCCUCUCCGGCAGGAGAGCCAUCGCCUUCACUGUCCCCGGUAGCCACAGUCCGCUGUCCCGUGUGUCACACGCACUGCAAGAGCCAAGCUCAUCUCCAGCGGCAUGUGUCACGUUACCACGGUGAAGAGCUGCCCGGAGUGCCACUAGAGCGUCCUGCCUCGCGUGGCGGAGGGUCAGGCACCUCCUCCGUUGGUGGGGCGUCGUCAGCAGCAUCCACUCCAUCACCGCGCCCACCUUCUUCACUUCCUUCUCCCCGUCCGUUGUCCAACCCACUGCUGUCGCUGGUGGCGGGGAAGCUGGCCUGCCUGUACUGCUCCAGAGAUGGCUUCCCUUCCCUCGAGGCACUGCAGCUACAUCUACAGUCCUCUCAUGGUUCUGUUAUGAAUGGAGAAGUGCGGGACAUGACAACAAUGCUGGGCCUCCACCCUUCUCUCGGUGCUUCACUCAGCGCCAGCGGCAUGGCAACAUCCUUGGCUUCCCCUCUAGGACCUGGGUCUUCCCGAGGAGUGAGCUGUGAACUGUGUGGGGCACGUGUGGGCGGCGUAACAGCUCUGCAGCGCCAUGUAGUGACGGCCCACACCUUCACUGAUCUCCUGGCGCGUGCUGCGGAGGGAGUGUUCUGCGCACAGUGUUUGUUACCCUUCAGCAACCCAGGUGCCUUGGCUGAACACAUCAAGCUUGUUCAUGCUUCACCUGUGUUGUCAGCAGUGCUGAAUAAACGACCACCCUCACCACCCACUGACACCCCAACAGAUUUAAGUAAAAAAUCAAGGCAUGAUGGACUGACCUCGGAUCUCCCCGCCUCAACAUUGCUGUGCAGUCAGUGUAACGCACCGUUCACAAACUUCGAAGCUUUCCGUAGACAUCUCAAGUCUCACCUGGAUGGAGGAGAGCAGGUGAGCGCCACUGGAGGAAGUGGAGUUCAGCUGGCAUGCCCCGAGUGCCGCCUACCUUUGACCUCGGAGGCCGCCCUUGAGGGACACGUGGCCACCCACCUGGGCGUCACGUCCACAGAGUACGGUUGCCAGGCUUGUCUGAAGCUAUUCUCAAAACCUGAUGAAUUGCAAAAACACCUGAUGGAUAUCCACGCCCAUCAUUUAUACCGGUGUGCUCUCUGCAAGGAAAUGUUUGACUCCAAAGUUUCGAUUCAAGUCCAUUUUGCCGUCAAGCACAGCAAUGAAUGUAAAGUUCACAAAUGCACCCGGUGCUCACUCAUAUUCCGGUCCCAGUCAGAGUUCGAGGGCCAUAUACGUGUGACCCACAUUAGACGUAGCCAGAUGGGUGGUGAUUCAGUUGGGGGCGGAAGUGUCGGGGGAGGGGGAGGGUCCUACCGGUGUCUGCUGUGCCCCCUCAGCCUAAGCUCUGAGGCCGAGCUGGCAGCACACGUCUCGACGCACCAGCGUCAGUUCCAGUGUUCUCUUUGUGAUGAUGCUUUUCAUGUGGAAUUUCUCUUGGACAAGCAUAUGCAAACCCAGCACAACUCUGAACUCAAUGGCAAUGUGCCACAGCCAGAAAAUUUGGCAAAGCCUAGGAGAAGUCCCCAGAAAAAGGACCUGAGGUGCGAUAUUUGCGAUGCAGAGUUUUCCACAGAUUCUGCACUCAUGACUCACAGGAAACAAGCUCACAAUAUUAAGAGUGGGUCUGUUGGUGUCACUGCCAAGGUAGCGGCUGCGUCUCUGAGUCUGUUUUGUGCAUACUGCAGCGAAGCUUGCAAGUCUCGAGGAGAUCUGGAGGCCCACAUGAAGUCUCACCAGGGUAAUGGCGGUCGUCAUAAAUGCAAUAUCUGUGAUGAAUUAUGUCCGUCGGCUGCUCUUCUAGCUCAACACAAACUCACUCAUGUAAAAGUGGUAUCAGGCAGUGCAUGCGCCGUGUGCCGCGAGCCCCUGACGUCUGAGCAGCAGUUCACCAGCCACCAGAACGAACACCAUCCCUCCCCGCUGCCCCAGCCGUGUGUUGUAUGCAGACAGACGCUCGUCACUGACAUGGAGGUCAGUGUUCAUGCUCGAUUCCAUGCUACACAAGCCGCCCAAGCUGCUGCAGCGGCAUCAGUUGCAUCAGUGUUGAGCAGUGGUGAGUUGCAUCCUCAAUCAACAAACUCGCUGGUUUUCACAACAGGCAGCAAUGCGCCCACCACGACAACCAGCAGCACCAAUGGCAGCAGCAACAGCAGCAGCAGUAGCAACAGCACUAGCCCUCGUCUUUCUCCUUCCCAGAGGUGUCAGGAAUGUCAUAUCAAAUUUGAGACAGCAGAAGAAGCAGAGGCCCACACUGCUGUACAUCAGCAGCAGCAGCAGCAGGGUUUUGGUCGCUCAAUGGCAUCGUCUUCACGCACCUAUCAAUGCAUCAAAUGCCAAGAAAGCUUUGCAUCUGAAGCCGAGAUAGAAGCCCACGUCGCUUCCCACCUGCUGCACGAAGGUUCAGUGCACGAGUGUCAUCUCUGCCGUGCCACCUUCGACACUCCGCUUCGACUUCAGUGUCACCUCAUCGAGCACACCUUCGAGGGAUGCGGAAGCUUCACCUGCUACAUGUGUUCCUCGGUAUUCACCACAGCAUCCAGACUCCAGCAGCACAUGGUGGAGCACGGGUUGAGUGCACGCCCUUAUGAUUGCCAUCACUGCCACCAACGAUUCUUUUUCCGCGCUGAACUGGAGAACCACGCACUUUCUCACCCUGAGGCUGCCAAGGGUGGGUGUCGCGAGUGUUUGGCGAGUUUUCCUGACUUGCCACGCCGCAGUGCGAGGCGACCAUCGCUUUCCUGCGGCACUUCCAAUCCAAACGUGGUCUCUCACGUCGCUCAAAAUCCAGGGAAGUCUGAUCUGAGACCAACCCGUCCCUCUUCUCCAGUUCGGGACGAGAUUGACAUUGGACCGACUAAUGGUCAUGCCUCAUCAGUGGCAGACAAUGUGGAAGAUUAGUUAUUUGUUAUCUAGUUGAAGAUAGGUAAUUGGUUAUUUACAGCAUUUACGUAACGCUACAUAUAUUUAGUCACCAAAAGAGGCUAAGGAGCGACCAACAAGUGAUGUUUUAAGUUGCUUGGCUAAAACAGGUAAUAACUGAAAACGAUUGAGCGUACCUGGUGGCUGCAAUUGAAGUUCUUAAUUAAUUAUCAUUGCUUACACGUAGUAAGAAAACGUGCAGGCGCCUUAUCUCACAGUUCUGGUGAACGACCUGACUAGGACAAGGAAGUACAAAAUUAGCUUUUCUAUCACUUCAGCUCGGCUACGAGGUGUCUAGUUCUGGAAACUUUCCUUUGCCGAUCAGAUACUUUGUUUCAAAGUAGCCCAGUGAUUUCGUGUAAGCUACCGCAAAGCACCUUUGGUUUGUGUAGCUUUUUUUCUUACUAAUAAAGGCAUAUGGUCACGUCACGUUGCUAUCUUCGUUGGGUGUCACGCAUUGAUUUGUUCUACAGGGUACCUACUAUUUUAGUGUACAUAGCCACUUUUAUUUAUAUUUGCCACUUCAAUCUCGUAGUAUAGCUAAGCUCGUUUUCACUGAAGGUGGCUGUUAGAUGUUCCGAGACUUUAGGAGUUUCUCCAAUAAACUAGCCCAGUUAUGUUGAGUAGACACAGUAUUAUCUUGUUGUCGCUAUUAAUAGUUUGGUGCUGGGAAUAAUUUCUUUCACCUCAGUGUUGUAUAAAGAAAGUUUGGACCAAAACUAAGCUUAGGUAUCGAUUUUGACAAAUAGGUGUUUUCAUAUUUUUUUUUUUUUUUCUUAAGCAUAAUUGUAAAAGGGAAAUUUUAAUUUCUUUGUUAAAUAAAAGAUUCUAAUGGAAUCCUGUUGUAAAUUAAGUGGAAUAAAAUUUCACUAUAAA